CAGACUAAUAACCUUUGACACCAAUGUAUAUAUACAGAGCAGCGCGCCCGCGAGUGGGUUUGUGCGCUGUAUAAAUUAUUUAAAAAGACAGUUAUGAUAUAUAGGCUAGGUUUACAAGUAUUUGAUUGUUGCAGUUCUUGAAAUCAUGGAUAAAGGUGAAGAUGGCACUGACGGGACACCUAAACCAGCACCUGAAGAGGGAAAGUAUUUCUGUAACAUCUGUUCUUUGGAUUAUUCAACGGAAAGUCAGUUUUCAGAACAUAAGUGGUCAAGUCUUCAUCAUAAUCAGAUGGAAAAAAGCUAUGGAAGGGGGUUUACUCACCGUUGUCUGCUCUGCCAGUUUGAAUCUUAUGGCAUUGGUGAAUACUCAAAGCACAUCUUUGAAGAGCAGCACAAGGAUGCUUUUAAGAAAUAUAAAGCAGAAGCAAAGGCUGCUAGAUUGGCUAAACAGCGAGCUGCUGACUUAGCUGCAAAACAAGCAGCAAAAAGGAAGGCAGCACAAAAAAUUCACAGCCAAUGGAAACAUAGACUGGAGAAAUCACCAAAGCAAAGACCAGUAUCUUCACAUGCAAGGUUUAGGAAUGCACCUCAUAGACAAAUGGAGUGGUCAGGACAUUAUAAUCCUCAAAUUGGAAAUCCUUUCACAAGACAGAAUCAAUUGUAUAAUUCAUUUAAUCAACCAAUGUUUAGAACACAGCCUGUAAACCAGUGGCAAGCAGGUCAUAGUGGAAAUAAUUACUGUUAUGAUCGUAGAGACAAUCAUUAUUGGCAGUACAAUGGAAAUACUAAGUGGAUGAAUGAUCGCAGUAAAUGGAACUACCAGGUGCCAAACAGCACUCAAAAUUUUUUUGUUAGGCCUCCAAUAUUUACAACUCCCCUAGGGUCAAACAGUAUUCAGAAUUUUGUUGCUAGCCCUCCAGUAUAUACAGCUCCUCAGGGGUCAAAAAUUUCCCCAAAAAAUAACGCUGUUACCACUUUGUCAGCUAAGCAUGAUAAUCCAAUAAAUGACAAAGUUUCUACAAGUAGCCCUGAAGCCACUUCAUCAGCAAAAACUCUGUCCAAUGCAAUUAAUUCAACAAGUCACAAGGAAUUUACAAGUUCAGUGAAAGUUAGUCUUGAAGCCACUUUUUCUGCGAAAGAUAAGUCUAAUGCAGUUAAUUCAACAGAUAAGUAUCCUACAAGUUUUGAGAAAGCUACCCCCAAAGCCACUUUGUCAGCAAAAGUUAAGCCCAUUGCAAUUAAUUCAAACAAUCUCAAACAUUCUACAAAUUCGGAGAAAGCUACCCCUGAAGCCACUUUGUCACCAAAAGCUAAGUCCAAUGCAAUCAAUUCAACAAAUCACAAAGAUUCUACAAGUUCUGAGAAAUCUAGCACUGAAGCUACUUUGUUAAAGAAAGCUGCAUGUGAAACAAAAAUCAGCAUGAAUACAAAAGUUAUUCCAAAAUCCAUUUCCAAAGUGACUGCACAACCUGAUACUGCAUUGUCAACAAAAGGGAACAAGUGUACAACAAUAUUUCAGAGAGAUAGCACCGCACCCUCAUUGUUAGGGAAAACUCAUUCUAAUGUUUCAAAUUCUGAUAUUGGUAUCAAAGAUAAUACAAUAUUACAGAAACCUAUCCCCAAUUCUGCUCUAUCAAAGAACUUAAAAUCUACAGAAGGAAGCAAGUAUAAAUCUGUUUUCCAGAAACAGACCCAAAAUGAUACCAAAAUGUCUGAAAGCAGUGACACAGGUUUUAUUCCAAAGGCUACUACAAAUUCCUUGACAAAGAUACAUGAAAUGCAUUCCAGAAAAAAUGUUGACAAGGCAGAUGACUCUCUCAGUGAACGAUGUAUAUUUAGAAAUUCAAUUGCUAUUGGCAGUGGUGACAAUUCAAAACCUGAUGAUAUACAGGAGAAACUUGUGACAAAUGCAUUAGUCCCAAAGGGUGUUCCAAACAAAGACAGAUCAAUUAGCGAUGUUAGUUGUCAUCUAUCUAGUGAUCUAACCAAACACAGUAGGCCUACUGAUAAUAUCAAUGCAGAGAUGAACAUUAAUUCUGAAACAAAUAGAGAACCAUCUUUAAGCGACAUUCUUAAAAAAGAUUUAGAAACAAGAAAAGAACUGUCUUUAAGUGAUACUGUCAUUAAACAUAUCUCAAAAUCUUUAAAGCCAAAUAUUGGUGCAUCCCGUAGUAGACUCCAUGCUGGAAUGCGCACACAGAUCGAAAAUACCGAAACAACAUUACAACAGAAACUGGUGCAAAUAUUAAGCUUGUCCAAGUCAAAACAUACUCAAGAAACUGAGAUUGCAAAAUUAAAACAAAUUUCAGGGCCUCAAAAACGGUUUCGAAAGAGGUAUGGACUGCAGUUUGGAUCAUGUGAUGGACAAACAGAUGAUAUGCAAGAAAAUUCAGAAAAUCAAUUACUUGAGAUUGAGAAUCUAAGUGACUGCAAUUUUACUGAUAUGAAAAUCCAUGAGGAUCCAGAGCUGAUGGCUCAGUUAAAAGCAUUUGCAGAAGAUGGUGAAAAGAGUAACUUCUGUGAUGAUUUAUCUGCUAUUGAUAUUAAUUCUGGUAGAAGUACCACUCCAUCUACAUUUAGCACAACUGGUGUUUGCAUCAAGCAGGAACUCAUUGAACCAUUAGAAAAUGUUGUCCAGGAGGUUACUAAUCAAGUUUAUGAACCUACAAACAUUUCAGAAAAUCUGUCAAGUAUGAAAGAAAAAAGUAAAAGAGUAAGUAAAUCUGAUAAACAAAGCAAAUCCAACAAUUUACUCAUAAACUCAAAGCAGUGUUACCAGCAAAAUCAAUUGUCAGUUGUCUCUGAAGAUUUACCAUUUGUUGACAUCAUUUCUGGUAAAACUAGCACUCGAUCUACUUCUAGCACAACACCUGGUGUUUGCAUCAAACAAGAACCCAUUGAACCAUUAGAAGAUGUUGUUCAGAAGGUUACUAAGCAAGUUUAUGAACCUACGAACAUUUUAGAAAAUCUGUCAUCAGGUAUGCAAGGAAAAUAUGAAAGAAUAAGUAAAACUGAUAAACAAAAGAAACCUAACAAUUUACCUAUAGACUCAAAGCAGUGUUACCAGAAAAAUCAAUUGCCAGUUGUCUCUGAAGAUUUACCAUUUGUUGACAUCAAUUCUGGAAAUACUAGCACUCCAUCUAUUUCUAGCACAGUAACUGGUGUUUUCAUCAAACAAGAACCAUUAGAAGAUGUUGUUCAGAAGGUUAUUAAGCAAGUUUAUAAACAUACAGACAUUUCAGAAAGUCCGUCAUCAGGUAUGAAAGAAAAGUGUAAAAGAGUAAGUAAAACUGAUAAACAAAACAAAACCAAUAAUUUACUCAUAGACUCGAAGCAUUGUUACCAGCAAAAUCAAUUGCCAGUUGUUUCAGAAGAUUUACCAUUUGUUGACAUCAAUUCUAGUAAAACUCGCACUCCAUCUACUUCCAGCACACCAACUGGUGCUUGCAUGAAACAAGAACCCAUUGAACCAUUAGAAGAUGAUGUUCAGAAUGUUACUAAGCAAGUUUAUAAACCUACAGACAUUUCAGAAAGUCUGUCAUCAGGUAUGAAAGAAAAAUGUAAAAGAGUAAGUAAAUCUGAUAAAAAAAAGAAAACAGACUCGAAGCAUUGUUACCAGCAAAAUCAAUUGCCAGUUGUUUCUGAAGAUUUACCAUUUGUUGACAUCAAUUCUAGUAAAACUAGCACUCCAUCUACUUCUAGCACACUAACUGGUGCUUGCAUGAAACAUAAACCCAUUGAACCAUUAGAAGAUGUUGUUCAGAAGGUUACUAAGCAAGUUAAUGAACUUACAAACUUUUCAAAAAAUCUGUCAUCAGGUACGAAAGAAAAAAUAAGUAAAACGUUUAGUAAUGAACAAAAGGAAACCAACAAUUUACAAAUAGACCUGAGGCAAUAUUACCAGCACAACCAAAUGCCAGAUGUCUCUAAGAAUUUACAUUUUCUUGAUGUCAAUUCUGUUAAAACUGCCACAUCAUCUACUUCUAGCACAACUGGUGAGGCUAUUAGUGAUAAACAGAAGAAACCCCACAACUUUGCUAUAGAAUCAAGUCAUUCUUAUCAGCAAAAUCAAGUGUCUUUGGUUACUGGCAUUCAAAUCAAAAAAGAAUCUUUGGCUUAUAGCGAAGCUGCUUAUGCAGAUACCAAUACAUUUUUUGAAGCAAGUUCAGAACUUAGUGUUCAGACAGAUGCAGCUAUUAAGACCAAAAAUGUAUCCACAACAGAUUUUGAUAUUUUGCGAGAAAAUAUAUACCAGCAGACACAUAAUAUAAUGUCAAUGGAAAAAUCAGACUUGAUGAAAUGGAAGAAUAGAAACAACAGUAGUGGAAUCAAAGCUCAACAAGAUAGAGAAAUAAUUGUAAAUAGAAAAGUAGAAAAUGGACAAAGUGCUUUUACAAAAAUAGAUGCAAGUAGUAAAUAUUCUUGCAAAGUACAAUUAGAAAGACUUGACAUGCCUGGUGUUGUUAAAGGGGAAGUGACUGCUAUACAAGAAGACUGUCAGAUAUCAGCAGUAUCUAAGGAAAAACAGAAGACAGAAGAUGGAGUUACAAGAAGGAAAACAGAUACACAUAAAGGAGUUGAGCGUGUAUUUUCUGGUGCAGAAGGAAGCCAUGCAACAUCGGAUCUGUCUUUAGUCAGAUGUUCUCAAAGUUCACCAGUUCCUGUUGAGGUAGGAUCAUCUUGUGCGGCAGAAAAACUGAAAACUAUGGACCAGACUUCAGCUGCCGCAGGAAUUCAGAGUGAUCUGGAAAAGCUUUUUAACAUUUCGUUAAGGGAAGAGUCCUUGCAUCAGAAGAUGAAAGAAAUGGAGAAAAAUAUUCAAAAAUUGAAAGAUGUUAUUCUGAAGAAUCAGAUGGAUUUGAACAAUGUACAAUCAGCUAAACAACAGUUGGACGGAGAACUCCAAAGUCUUCGAGGAAUGCGUAUGAAUAUUUUAGAAGGUGCAAGAGGGCGGGGUGAAGACAUGAGUAGUUUACCUAAAGUUGAGAAAGUCUCAAACCGUAAGAGGCAGUACACAGCUGAUGUAUUUAGAAAUUCCUUGGCACAUGUUGAACCAGAAAUCAUAAAAGAUGUCACUGAUAAGGACAACGAAAUAUCCACAACAUUUAAAGAAUCUCAAGUAAAAAAACCAUGUAGUACCAGAGUUGAACAAAAGAAAUAUAAACCAGAAAGCCAGCUGGUUAGAACUGAUGCCUCUUGCAGUGAUGCUGACACUACUUCAUAUCCUCCAGCCAUUGUUCUUUCAACUGGGGACCAAAAUAUUGACAUGCAGUCCGUAAUAUCUGUACUGUCAAAUCCCCACAUCUUACAGCAGAUCCAAUAUAACUUUAACCAGUUAAAUCAGAUGCCUACAGAACCUGAAAAAGAAGCAUUGAUUGUCACUAUACCUGAGAAUGGGAGUGUACCAAAUGCUGCUCCAGAAGAUCAUGCCAUGGAAGAGGAUCCCUUGGAAGAAAAAGUAUCUGACAAGAAAGCAAUCAUUUUUGAUGUACCCAAGAGUGGAAUUUUACCACAUUUCCCUCCAUACAAUCAUACUAUCAAAGAGAAAAAAGAAACAAGGAAAUUAAGGAAGAAAAGAAAAGUACUUUCUAGUGAUGAAGAUAAUUUGGAGGGUCCAAUGACUCGUAAUUCAAAACGUAUUAAGACCAUGAGAGAAUCCAAGAUUCUCGCAAAGAAAACAUUGAUGGAAGAACCGGAAUGCUGUAUAGAAACCACCUCAAAGAAGAAAUCUUGUAAUACACCAGCUAUUGAUCCUAAGGGACAUACACAUCUUUCUAAGAAGCCAUCUGAGACACGGACCAAACAAACAUCUAAGCAAGUAGGGAAAAGAAAGUCUGAUAAUCUUUCUGGAAAGGACUCUGAAGAAGCAUUUUCUGAGGAGUCAUCUGACAAAGACCCUGGAACAUCUAGAAAGUUAAGGGUGAAACCAUCUCCAAUAGAGUACCCGGCAAAGAAACGAUCAUCUAAAUUACCGAAGAAACAGGCAGAGAACUUGGCACAGUUAGACACUAAAGAAACACCUAAGCUAAGUAAGAAAUCAGAAAAGAAAGAGAGAUCAUCACCAAAGAAAGAUAAUUUGACAAAAAGAUACAAAAAACUAGGGAAAAAUAUUGAUAAGCAGAGCCUGCUUGAUGAGAUGAUGAAUGAAGCAAACUUGAGGUUCAUAAAUUGUGACGAGGAAUUACUAAAAAUUGAGAUUAUGGAGGGCAAUCUGUAUUGUGUUUGCAGAAAUAAUGCUGUUAAGGCCUACAGUUUAGAGAGCUGCCAACUGAAAGGCACCUACACUGCCAGUGAUGCUGAAAUUCUCAGCAUAGCUUUUGUAAAGACGACGUUGUUUGUGAGCUAUGCUGACCAAAAGCUCUGCGAGUUUGACUUAGAGACGCAGAAAUGCAUUUACGAGUACCACUGUUCAAGCAACGUGAUAUGUAUGCACAGUAACUGGGAGAAACUUUACGUUGGUAUGUUCAACGGCAUCAUUGCGGUUGUUAAUUCAAAGAAACAUGAGCUUAUUACCAAAAACACUGUGAACAAAGAUGUUCCUCUAGUUUACAUAACAUCAACGGUUCGAGAUGCAGCCAAGGUACUGAUAGUAGCAAAUUACAUGAUCUCAAUUAUUGAUGAAAAGACUGGUUCAUUGAUUGCUAAACUGAACACACAUCUGAAAGCUGAUGUCAUUUAUAUGAAUUUGAUUGGAGAGAGAUUAUACACUGCCGAUACAAGAGGAUUUCUUUAUGUGAACAAUGUAAAUAGUCCUGAAAGAAGAAGUAUCGCCCUUGAUUCCUCAUUGACAAGUUUUCAAAUCACUGAACAGUACAUCAUAACAGCAAGUGAAAAAAGAAGUGUUUUCAAAUUUAUAGAUAAAAAGGGAUUUAAAGUUCGGCUGCAGUAUGCUGUUAAUGGCACACCACUGCGGUGCGUACUUGUACAUCAGGAAACGUUGAUUAUUGGUGGGAAACAUGGACUUGUUUGUUUGUAUGACCCUUGGGAUCAUUUCUGGUCUAAGGAAUAUUUAUUUUAUCCUAAGCGCAUGAAGGCUUAUGGUUGUGUAAGGGACGCCGAAAAGAAACGCAAGUUUCUUCUUCAGACGAUAUAGCAACUUUAAAACCACUUGUGGCUGGAAUAUUAGAAUGCGUUUCAUAUCCGUGUAAAAGCCGUCUAAUGAUGGGGCCAGUUGUCUAUAAAAUUUGACAGCAUGCCUUGGUAACCAGUUACUAAACCUGUAAACAAGCAGAACUAAACUUUCAGAUAAAAAUGUGACCUAAAGUACAAGAAAUUAUUCUUAUAAAUUUGACUGAACGUGGUUUCGGUGAUUACGAGUUUAUAAUCAUUCCAUAUUCAUUUGUUUUUAUUAGUAAUUAAAGAGGAUGAAUUAUUUUUUUGUGAGCCAACAAAAUUUUAUUUAAUGUAUCUUUUAACUUGAAAAUAUAUUAGGGAAUUAGAAGCUACAGUGUUAAUAAUUAUUCAUUAGUUCUAAAAAAUUAUUACCAGGAAGUAUGAAAAUGAUAUUUGAAUUAAUUUGAGAUACAGAACAUUAUUUUAUUUAGAAGGUUUUUUGUUCAUCCACUUUUUGUAGGAAUUUCAACAUUGAUAUAGGACACAAGCAACUUUAAUUUUUUUUUUUUCAAUUUUUUUAUUAGAUUUAAAUAGGAUUCAGAUAUAUUCAGUCUCGCGUCUGGCACCAGAUUAAAAAAUUAUCGAGACAAGAAUUUUGGUUUUAUGUAUACUGCACUACUGUUGUUGUUCUAAUGCAUAAAUCUAUGAUUUAUUUGAACUUGCGUAUGUGAAAUUUAAAUGUUUUUAGUAUUAUAGUAUUGUUAUUUUGCCUGUAUGUGGUGGUAAAAUGAUAAAUUAAAUUUUCCCAUUGUAAUAAA